AUGGCGGAACCCAGGAGAUUACAAUUUACCACUUUGGAUAAUAAGAAAGAGACUACAAACUCGGAAAACACUGUGUGUACUGCACGUUUUGUGCUAUCUCUCAAAGAAUCCACGGACGAAACAUGCUCGGAGUUUUCUUACACAGAAUUACUGAAAAAGCACUCGUCUGCUAAGAAUGGAGUGCGGAAGGAUAGUACCAAGUCAGUUGAAGAGAACGCCGACAAACCAAAGAAUGACUUGUCUGGACCAUUCGGAGACGAAGAUGAUCCAGAUGAGGUGGCAGCCAUUGCCCGCCAGUUUGAGGAGAAAUAUGGUCCUAAACCGGGAAAGAAAAAGAAGAAACCAAUGAUGGAGAUGAUUGACCUCGGAGAAGGAUACGAUGAAAAUGAUCCUUUUAUAGACAACUCUGAAGCCUAUGAUGAGUUAGUGCCUUCGACACUGACUACACGUCUUGGUGGAUUCUAUAUCAAUUCUGGAAAGCUUGAAUUCAGAGAACUAUCGGAUGACUCUAUGGAUGCUUUUCAAAAGUCAACUCCACUUCAGAAAAAGAGAAAGAAGCAGGUAAUCGCCUCCGAUUCUGACUCUGAAAAGGAAGAGAAGGCAAAAGAAAACAAAAAAGUGGUAGUAAAGGUGAAGAAGCGAAAAUUAAAAGAGGGGGUAGAGGGUGAAGAAAAGAAAAAGAAGAAGAAAAAGCUGAUGAAUGGAGAAGGUGGAGAAAAGUCAUUCAAGAAACCAAAGAAACCAGAGGAAAAAGAGAAAUUGAAAAAGAAGAAGUUUUCCCCUACUGUUGGUGAACUGCUGAAGCAACAGACUGAGUCCACUGCUACACCUACCUCCGUCUCUAAUGAUCUCAACUCCGACAGUCAGGAAAGUUAUGAUUCUUCACAAGACGGGAAAUCUGACAAAAUGCCUGUUGAAAACACACCCGCUAACAAUAAGGAAGAUUCUAACAGUAGGGAGGCAGGCGAAACAAAAACUGUUGAUCCUGCACAAAUUCCUAAACUUCCCUCAGGAAUUCCACAGCAGCUUAUGGACACCAUUGAAAAGUUAAAAGAGGCUGCUAAACACUCCCAGGACGGCAAGUGUAAAUUCUUCUCAACUGAUGUCAACUCCAUGUUAUUGAAAGUGGAGUUACAUUGCCGUCAGUUACCGUGUGGUCAUCGGACAACCAUCUACGCUCAUCUGGCCUCUUUCCUUCCAUGUGGGAAAGAGACUCUCCAGAAACGUGCCAAGAAGCUGCGUAUCAACCAACAAGAUGAUGUGGUUAGGGAGCCUCUACAGAAACUCAGGGAUGCUGUCAAUGCCAUGAUGCCUUCUAUGCAGGAGAAACAUGAAGCUGAGUACCAGAAGUGGAGCCUUCAAAAGAAAGAAGCAGAAGCUGCUGAAGGAAACAAAGAAGGUGAAAAAGAAAAAGACAAAGAAGAAAAAGAGAAAAAUAACAGUGAUGACAGCGAUGAGGAAAAAGGUCCAGAGGCCACUGGAGGAAAGAAACGAGUAAAUGGGCCACGGAAAAAAUUUGAGUGGACAGAAGAUUUAAGAGUGCUCCUAUGUGAUGUGGUGAGGUGCAAGAUGAAGCUGUGUGAGCUAGCCAAGAACAAGACAGAAACCAAUGAAGAAUACCUUAAGUCCUUUCUGGAGAAUGAAGUAAAGCCAAUCUGGCCGAAAGGUUGGAUGCAGACAAGGAUGUUGUUUAAGGAGAGCAGAUCCGUACAUUCAAGUUGGACUAAUCCACAAAAACCCAAAAAGACUGUGAUAAUAACCAAAUCCAUGCCUGGGUCAGCAUCCAACACACCAACAAACUCUCAGGCCACAACUAAAUCUGUUACAUCUACUGGAAAUGGGACAAUUGAUGCCACACCUAGUCGACCAAGGGAUAGUAGUUCAGUUUUGUUACCUAAUACCUCAUCAUCUUCCAGCGUGUUGGACUUCAGUAGUGGAAGGACACUAAGUAAUAAUACAACACCAACCUUAACAACACCUUCUGUAAAUAAGAAAUCGGGUGUUAACACCUCAGGAACUCCUAAUUCCAGUUCUCUGCCGUUUUCAGCUAGUCCUGGUCUGUCCUUGUUGGCUGAUUCUGCUGCAAGUGCUCGCUCUUUGGAUAUGCCUCAGGAACGUUCAUGGGAUCACGUUGUGUCAGACAUUUUGAAGUCCUCUUUCAUUCCUUCACCAUCUUCAAGAGAUGCUGACAAAUCAGUGGUAUCUCCUGAUUCAAAGGUCAAGGUCACUGGAGCCGGUCAGGGCCAAGACUUAAGUGGUAGUAGUGCAGGAUUUCUUGCUCAAUAUCAAAAAUAUGCCAGUGAAGUGUUCUCUCCAAAAUUAAAGGAAGGUGAUGUAAGUAGUAAAAGUAAUACUACAUCACCACAAAAACAACAGUUACAGCAGCAACAGCGCUCAAAUUUAACACAUCAACAAAAACAACUUGUACAGAAAAUACAAAUAGCUGCCUCUCAGAGACAAGAUAAAUCGUCCCCUGCACCAGCUCAUCAGAGUCAGCCGUCAAGUACAGCUAAAUCUGGUCCUAAUCAAUACUCCCUAACAGCCCAGCAGAAGGCCGCCAUGUCUGCUCGGCCUACUGGCACCCCACAACAGAAAGCAUCUCUCUCUGUUGGUACAUCUCUCAAUUCCCAACAGAAGGCAGCCCUUCAAUCUGCUAUUGCCUCUCACACAACCCACACAAAGCCCCAGGGUCUGACCUUAGGGCAGCAGACUUCAGCCACGAUAGCACUUCAACGAUCCCUCAUCAACGACGAAGUGUAUAGACAGUUGAUGGAAGCUGAGAGCGGCAAAUCCUUAUCUCAGGCUGCUAAAACUUCACCUGUCAGUAAUAAACCAUUAACAACAUCCAGUGUAGCAGGUCAGAAAUACAACAGUGCUAAGGUAGUACCUGUGACUGUAUCUACCACAAAAAAUACACAAUCCAAGACUUUGACGAAAGUUAUCAAAAUGGGAGCUUCUAAUGGUGCUCCUCGCAAAAUCAUUGCAGUGCAUUCAAAGUCACCAGUUUCUUCUCAGGAAACUAAAUCUAUAACAUCCAAUCGGGUAUCUCCAACUUCUGUGUCCUCAUCCCAAAGGUCACAGCCCAGAGGCCAAGGGUCAAUCACGACUGGACAGGUCAGUGGACAACAAAACUACAGUAAUGCUAGUUCUGGUCAGGGAGUCAAUAUUCAAUCUUCGAGUGAAUUUCUGCAGUCCUUAUUUGGUCAGGCUAGGGAGCAGAGUAAUAAACAGAGUCCCACUGGCCAGGUGUCCCAUACCUCUCCACAGCAACAGCUUAAGGUGUCCAUGGCAACAGGGGCUCAAAAAAACAAACAACCGCAGCAGACCAAAUCACCCCAGUCACCAAAGAUUUGGAGCAUGGGUUCAAUGGUGUCAAAUGUUGGUGGUCAACAUAGUUCUAUGUCCAGCAUUCCGGCUUAUAGUCCAAUAACAUCUCUACCUAAACCAGUGCCAGGUUACCAGAGUGUGGGACUGUCUAAUCUCGCUAAAGACAUGAGUGUCCAACAAGUCUUACGUCAGGAUUCUCCAUACCUAGCAAGUAUCCACAAAAGCUACCCUAAUGUACCAACAAGUCCUCUGACUGGUCAACAGCAAAACCCUUUAGCCAACCAAACAUCAACACAUCAGUCCACAGGGAUGUUACAUAGCGUACCUCCCUAUCCUCCAGCCGGCCAACACCUCACUUCUCUACCUUAUGGACAGUAUUCAGACAAGUCAAGGACUCCACAUGGAUACUGAGACGACAUGCUGACUAGAACAGUUGGACCAGGAUAAAAAGAGUGGUUUCCCUUCAUUAUUGGACAGAGAAAGUCGCCAUUAGAGAGGAACA